UAAUUCUGAAAUAACUAGCCGGCUGGAGCAAAUUGAGUUAACUCUGGCUUAUCUUCAAGACACUAAACAAAAGACUGAAGAUAACAUAUCAGAAAUAAAACAAUGGAGAGACAACUUUGUAACAGAACAAAAUGAUAUGGUGGUGAAAGUGGAUCAAUUAUCAAAGAAACAAAAACAGAAUUUUAAAAAUAUGAGAAAACAACUAAAAGACUAUGAUGAUAAUCAAAAGAAGUCAAAUUUAGAAAUUGAAUAUUUACAAGAAAAAGAAUCAUUCUUGAGCAAAACACUAGAAAACUUGUCUCUAGAUAUAAAAGAAAAUGAAAGCAAUUUAAACAAAUUGAAUAAACAGAUGCAGCUACAGACUGAUAAAACAAGUGUUCUGAUACAAGAAAUAAAAAGUCAGACUGAUUCAAUGUCUGAUUUACAAGAAGAACAAAAGAAAAGAGCAAUGCAAACAGGCAAUCAAAUUAAGACAAUUACCUCAGCACAUGGUGUCAUAUGUCAGUUACUUCAACAAAGAUUGGUGGCAAUCGACAAGUUGUUUCAAUUGUUCAAUCAAAACCUGACGGCAAGAGAUGAAAACAUGAUGAGGCUUGAUGUAAUGGAACAUAAAUUACUGGAGAUAUCACUGAAUAAUCAACUACAGUUUCAACCACAUGUUAAACCUCCUCCUAUCGGAUUUGUAGCAUUGCAUGGCACGAUACAUUUGGGAGAUAUUGGUAUUGAUAAGCAGACACAUUUUCAGCUUGUAGAAAGUAACGAAGGAAACCAUUUUGAUCCAAAAACUGGAGUGUUUACCUCCCCCGUUGAUGGCCUGUAUAAAGCAAGUCUUACAAUAAAACAGACUGAAAGUUUUCCUGCAUCAGUUUGUGUUGUGCACCAAUCUGGUGGUAGGCAGUCACAGCUCGGUUGGGUUAAUACAAAAAAUGAAUCUGGUGAUGCUUCAAGAAUAUUUGAGUUGAGGAUGAAACCUGGAGAUCUGUUAUUUAUUGAAAGUUAUUCAUGGGAAGCAAUUGAUUGUACACAUUUUUCUUGUUUUCUCGUAGAUUUUUAAAUGUAUAGUUCUGAAUGAUACACUGUUGGACAAAAACAGUAUUACUAGUGGUUUUUAUUGAAUGUUAUUUUUUAAAGCAUAAAACAUGC